CUUCUUUUGCCGUGCACCCAACCUCUGCCCGGUAUAUAUAGAGCGGAGGAGGAGUCCCUUCUGGUACGUGGCGGCGGCGGCGGCGGCUCCCUUCUCCUUGGUCUCCGGCGGCGGCGGGGAGGAGCUAGCAGCUCCGAGGAGGAGAUGGCGGCGGCGGGGAAUGAGUGGAUCAACGGGUACCUGGAGGCGAUCCUGGACGCGGGCGCGAGGCGGCGCGGGGAGCGGGGCGCGCCGGCGCUGACGACGCCGAGGCUGCUGCAGGCGCCGGCGCUAGCGGAGGCGGCGGCGUACAGCCCCGCGCGCUACUUCGUCGAGGAGGUCGUCAGCCGCUUCGACGACCGGGACCUCCACAGGACAUGGACCAAGGUGGUUGCGAUGCGCAGCAGCCAGGAGCGGAACAACCGGCUGGAGAACCUGUGCUGGAGGAUCUGGCACGUCGCCAGGAAGAAGAAGCAGGUAGAGUGGGAGUACUCGCAGCAGCUAGCGCGGCGACGGCUGGAGCAGGAGCUGGGCAGCCGAGAGGCCGCCGAGGAGCUCUCCGAGGGGGAGAAGGACCGCCCCGACGGCACCCCGACCCUCCAGCCCCCUAGCGCGGCCGACGGCGACCAGAAGCAGCAAAGCCGGUUCGCGAGGAUCAACUCCGAGACCCGGAUCGUCUUCUCCAACGAGGAGGAGGCGGCCAAGGAGGACCGGAACCUCUACAUCGUCCUCAUCAGCUUACACGGGCUCGUCCGUGGGGAGAACAUGGAGCUCGGCCGUGACUCUGACACCGGGGGACAGGUGAAGUACGUGGUGGAGCUGGCCCGGGCGCUGGCGGCCACCGCCGGCGUGCACCGCGUCGACCUCCUCACGCGGCAGAUCUCCUGCCCGGACGUCGACUGGACCUACGGCGAGCCCGUCGAGAUGAUCACGCGCCCCUCCGACGCCGACGCCGACGCCGACGGCGGCGCCGGCGCCGGCGGCGGGGCCUACAUCGUGCGGCUGCCGUGCGGGCCCCGGGACCGGUACCUCCCCAAGGAGUCCCUGUGGCCGCACAUCCCCGAGUUCGUGGACCGCGCGCUGGCGCACGUCGUCAACGUUGCGCGCGCGCUCGGCGAGCAGCUCUCCGGCGGCGCGGCGGCUCCGGUGUGGCCGUACGUGAUCCACGGGCACUACGCGGACGCGGCGGAGGCGGCGGCGCACCUGGCCGGCGCGCUCAAUGUGCCCAUGGUGAUGACGGGGCACUCGCUGGGGCGGAACAAGCUGGAGCAGCUGCUCAAGCUCGGCCGCAUGCCGCGCGCCGAGAUCCAGGGCACCUACCGCAUCGCGCGGCGGGUCGAGGCCGAGGAGGCCGGGCUGGACGCGGCGGAGGUGGUGGUCACCAGCACCAAGCAGGAGAUCGAGGAGCAGUGGGGCCUCUACGACGGCUUCGACCUCAUGGUGGAGCGCAAGCUCCGGGUGCGCCGCCGCCGCGGGGUCAGCUGCCUCGGCCGCCACAUGCCGCGGAUGGUCGUCAUCCCGCCGGGGAUGGACUUCAGCUACGUCGACGCGCAGGACCUCGCGGCCGACGGAGACGGCGACGGCGGCCUGCAGGCGCUCAUGAGCCCCGGCAAGGCCAAGAAGCCGAUGCCGCCCAUCUGGUCGGAGGUGCUGAGGUUCUUCACCAACCCGCACAAGCCGAUGAUCCUGGCGCUGUCGCGGCCGGACCCCAAGAAGAACGUCACCACGCUGCUCAAGGCCUACGGCGAGAGCCGCCACCUCCGGGAGCUCGCCAACCUGACGCUGAUACUGGGGAACAGGGACGACAUCGAGGAGAUGUCCGGCGGCGCCGCCACCGUGCUCACCGCCGUGCUCAAGCUCGUCGACAGAUACGACCUCUACGGCCAGGUCGCCUACCCCAAGCACCACAAGCAGACCGACGUGCCGCACAUUUACCGACUCGCCGCCAAGACCAAGGGAGUGUUCAUAAAUCCUGCUCUUGUUGAGCCAUUCGGCCUCACCCUGAUAGAGGCUGCUGCGUACGGUCUGCCCGUGGUGGCCACCCAGAACGGCGGGCCGGUGGACAUCCUCAAGGCUCUGCACAACGGGCUGCUGGUGGACCCGCACGACGCGGCGGCGAUCACCGGCGCGCUGCUGAGCCUGCUGGCCGACAAGGCGCGGUGGCUCGAGUGCCGCCGCGCCGGCCUCCGCAACAUCCACCGCUUCUCCUGGACGCACCACUGCCGCCUCUACCUCUCCCACGUCGCCGCCAGCUGCGACCACCCGGCGCCGCACCAGUUGCUCCGCGUCCCCGCCAGCCCGCGCGCCGCCGCCGCCGACGACUCGUCGCUCUCGGACUCGCUCCGCGGCCUGUCCAUCUCGAUCGACGCCUCCAACGACCUCAAGGUCGGGGCCGGGGAGUGCUCCGCCGCGGCCAUCAUGGACGCGCUCCGCCAGCGCCGCGCGGCGGACCGCCCGGCCGGCGCCGCCGGGGCGGCCGCAGGCUUCGCGCCGGGCCGGCGGCAGGGCCUCCUCGUCCUCGCCGCCGACUGCUACGGCGCCGACGGCCAGCCGGACGCCGAGCGCCUGAGGAGAGCCGUCGACACGGCGCUGGCCGCGGGCGCCGCCGCCGGCGGGCAGCUCGGGUGCGUGCUGUCGACUGGCAUGACCAUCGCCGAGGCCGCGCGCGCGCUCGGGACCUGCGGCGCCGACCCGGCCGCCUUCGACGCGCUCGUCUGCAGCAGCGGCGCGGAGCUCUGCUACCCGUGGAAGGAGCUCGCCGCGGACGAGGAGUACGCCGGCCACGUGUCCUUCCGGUGGCCCGGCGAGCACGUGCGCCCCGCCGUGCCCAGGCUCGGGAAGGCCGACGGCGCGCAGGAGGCCGACCUCGCCGCCGACGAGGCUGCGUGCUCCACGCACUGCCACGCCUACGCCGUCGCGGGCGCGUCCAAGGUGAAGAAGGUCGAUUCGAUCCGGCAGUCGCUGCGGAUGCGCGGGUUCCGCUGCAACCUCGUGUACACGCGCGCGUGCACGCGCCUCAACGUCGUCCCGCUCUCGGCGUCGCGGCCGCUCGCGCUCCGGUACCUGUCGAUAAUGUGGGGCAUCGACCUGUCCAAGGUGGCGGUGCUCGUCGGCGACAAGGGCGACACGGACCGCGAGCGGCUGCUCCCGGGCCUGCACAAGACGCUGGUCCUGCCGGGGCUGGUCAGCCACGGCAGCGAGGAGCUGCUCCGCGACGAGGACGGGUUCUUGACGGAGGACGUCGUGGCCAUGGACUCCCCCAACAUCGUCACCCUCGCCGAGGACCAGGCGGCCGCCGACAUCCUCAAAGCCAUCUAAGAGACUGAGACCUGCUUUGUUCCAGCAGCAGAGCUGCUACUUCCCCACUGCUCGUGGAUCCACUCUGCCGGGGUUAUUUUGGGCAGUUGAAAUCUGUCAAAGGUGGCUGCAAAAUUGCAUGACCGUUUUUUUUUGUCCCUUCUAGUUUUGCCGUUUUGGUCAUAUUUCAUCCGGAGUAAGCAAUAAGGUGUUUCUGUAAAUACUGCAAAGAAAUACAGGGACAAAAGGAUAUAAGAUUGCCGAAUGAGAAUUUGUGCAGUAUUUUACGAA